CAGGGAGUCAAAAAAACUGAAAAAGUGGGUGAGAUGUCUCCAAACUCUCAUCCAUUUUGGGUGACAAUGCAAUUAUAAAUGCACUUUUAUUAAUCACUUUUCAUGCAUGAUUAUUUAAUAGGACUCCUAACAUCUGUUGUUUAAUGCUGAUAACAGUUUGGACACUGAGCACCAUGAUUUCUGUUCCUCCACUCUUCUACCCACCCUGGGGCAUACCUUAUACUUUCCAGGAUGAGGAAGGUUGUGAUUGGUCCUUCUCUAUCAACCAAACCUCAUCUUCUCAUCAAAUCAAUUCUUUAAAUCAAUCAGACUCAGAUGAUCAGCCAACCUGCUAUUUAAGUGAGACUACUGGAUAUGUGAUGUACUCUGUGUUUGGAAGUUUUUAUAUUCCUACCUGUAUCAUGGUAUUUGUUUACAUCAAGAUAUUCAUUGCUGCAAGGUAAUAUCAUUAUCAUUGAAUCAUUCAAGUUUUUAUAUUCCUACCUGUAUCAUGGUAUUCGUCUAUAUCAAGAUAUUCAUUGCUGCAAGGUAUCAUCAUUAACAUUGUUAGCAUUCAAGUUUUUAUAUUCCUACCUGUAUCAUGGUAUUUGUCUACAUCAAGAUAUUCAUUGCUGCAAGGUAAUAUCAUUAUCAUUGUUA